AUGACAGACCUCCUCAAAAACCCCCGCCGAAUAGCCCUCGGCUGUGAGGGCUCAGCCAACAAACUGGGCAUUGGCAUCAUCCUCCACGAAAACGACACCUCUACCGUCCUCUCCAACAUCCGCCACACCUUCGUCUCCCCCCCCGGCACCGGCUUCCUCCCCAAAGACACCGCCGCCCACCACCGCUCCUUCUUCGUCCGCCUCGCCCUCCAAGCCCUCCGUGUCGCCAACAUCACCAUCCCAGAUAUAGACUGCAUCUGCUACACCCGCGGCCCCGGCAUGGGCGCCCCCCUCACCUCGGUCGCCAUCGCCGCCCGAACCCUUUCUCUCUUGUGGAACAAACCCCUCGUCGGCGUCAACCACUGCAUAGGCCACAUCGAAAUGGGCCGCGCCAUCACCGGCGCCUCCCACCCCGUAGUAUUGUACGUUUCCGGAGGCAACACCCAAGUCAUAGCCUACGCCGAGCAACGCUACCGCAUCUUUGGCGAAGCCCUCGACAUAGCGGUAGGAAACUGCCUAGACAGAUUCGCCCGAACACUAGAAAUAAGCAACGACCCUGCCCCAGGGUAUAAUAUCGAACAGCUCGCCAAACAAGGCGGGCGCAUCCUCCUCGACCUCCCCUAUGCAGUAAAAGGGAUGGACUGCUCCUUCAGCGGGAUCCUAACCCGGGCGGACGAGCUGGCGGCGCAUAUGAAGAGCGGGGGGAAAGGCCCAGACGGGGAAGCGUUUACACCCGCGGAUCUGUGCUUUUCGCUUCAGGAAACGAUUUUUGCCAUGCUGGUCGAGAUCACGGAACGGGCGAUGGCGCACGUGGGGAGUUCCCAGGUUUUGAUCGUGGGGGGUGUGGGCUGCAACGAAAGAUUACAGGAAAUGAUGGGUGCCAUGGCGGCGGAGAGGGGGGGGAGCGUCUAUGCCACAGACGAGAGGUUCUGCAUCGACAAUGGAAUCAUGAUUGCGCACGCUGGGCUGCUGGCAUACGAGACUGGGUUCCAGACCCCCAUUGAGGAAAGUACGUGUACCCAGCGGUUUAGGACGGAUGAGGUGUUGGUGAAAUGGAGAAAGUGA